CAGCCCGGCUGCUCUCUGCACUCCGCGCGGCUCUCCGGUUCUGUCGGCAUGGCUCUCAACGUGCCCGGUCUCAUCGCCACCAUCGUGUUCUACCUGCUGGUGCUCGGGAUCGGCAUCUGGGCUUCCGUCAGAUCCAAAAGGGAUGAAAACAGGACCCAGGCGAACCAUGCAGACAUGGCUCUGCUGGGGAACCGGAAUAUCAACCUGGUGAUGGGAAUCUUCACCACAACAGCCACCUGGGUUGGCGGGACCUUCAUCAUCGGUACGGCUGAGACGGUGUACAAUCCAAAGUAUGGGCUGAUUUGGGCUGUGAUGCCAUUGGCAGCAACGUUGGCCUUCGGCGUUGGUGGUCUUUUCUUUGCGGAGCCCAUGAGGGACAAGAAGUACGUGACCAUGAUGGACCCGUUCCACGACAAGUACGGAAACGGACUGACUGGACUUCUUUCCCUCGCGCCGCUGAUGUCGGAAAUCAUCUGGGUGACGUCGACGCUGAUAAGCUUGGGCGUGACCAUGAGCGUGAUCCUGGAUCUGUCCUACGCCGUGUGCAUCUGGAUUUCCGCUGCCGUGGCCGUCACCUACACCCUGAUGGGAGGUCUCUACUCUGUGGCCUACACGGACGUCAUACAGCUCACGCUCAUUUUUGUCACCUCGUGGCUGUGCGUCCCUUUCGUCCUCAUGAGCCCCACCUCCGUCGACAUCACCACCACGUCUUUCAACCACACCUUCCAGGCUCCCUGGGUCGGCACUCUGACGGCAGACAGAGCCUGGCUGUGGAUCGAUCUCUUUUUGCUUCUGAGUAUAGGGGACCUCGGCUUCCAGGACUUCCACCAGAGGACGCUAUCGGCGACGUCGUCGGCCACCGCCAAGUUGCGAUGUUACGCUGCGGCAAUUCUCAUCCCCACGUUUGGAAUCCCUCCCGUCCUCAUCGGGGCCGUGGCCGCGUCGACUGACUGGAACCUGACCUCGUAUGGGUCUCCGUCUCCGUUCGAGCGAGGUCAGACGGGUUUGGUUUUACCCCUCGUCCUGCAGCACCUGACUCCGCCCUACAUCUCCGUCGUCGGCAUCGGUGCCGUGGCCGCCGCCGUGAUGUCGUCCACUGACUCCGCCCUGCUGUCCGCGGCCUCCAUCUUCUCCUCGAAUAUCUACAAGAAGAUCCUGAGGACCAAGGCAUCCGAGAACGAGAUCCGUUGGGUGAUUCGUAUCUCCGUGGUCGUGUUCGGCCUGGCCGGCACGUCGCUCACCUUCCUGCACAAGGGCGUCAUCGCUUUCUGGGUGCUGGGCGGCGAGAUCGCCUACAUCAUGAUGUUCCCGCAGCUGGUCUGCGUGCUUUUCUGCGACGUAUCCAACGGUUACGGCGCCACGGCGGGCUUCCUGGCGGGGUUUCUCUUGCGAGCUCUGUGCGGCGAGCCCCUGCUGGCGCUACCGCCCGCCAUCCAUUUCCCAGGAUGCACCCUGGAAGACGGCGUUUACGUUCAGUAUUCCCCCAUCAGGACCAUCUGUAUGCUGGCUGUUUUCGCCGCCAUACUGCUGGUCUCCUACCUGACGGCGUUGCUCUUCAACAGGGGACUCGUACCAGAGACGUGGGACGUGUUUCAAGUUAAAGUCCAGCGGGCACCGAAAACCCCGAUACCCGCGGGCGUCGCCAGCAGCAAGGACGACCACGACGCGCAGCCUCUGCGUGAGGACGGCGGCGUCUCGGAGCCAAUGUUGGAGUCCAAGUGUUGACGGGCUAAACUACGUCGGACUGUAACACUAAACCUCUUCUAACGUACUGUAUAAAGCUCGUUUUAAAAUAAUAAUAAUAAUACACUUUUGUAAUAUGACGACUCGCUGGAUUCCAUGUUUUUCUGAAUCCACUGGAGGAACUAGAAGAUUCAUUGUGUUUGUGGAUAAUUAUAAAUGUGUAAAACAUAUAACAGGGUUAGGGUAAGUAAAAUGUCUCUAAAAGCACCUCGUAGUCGGAGGUCAUAUUUGUAUACGUUUUUUAAUUGGAAUAAACGCCAGUCAAGGGGGAAGUUUAUUUUGUCACAAUGUGUUUU